CGCUCACUGCCAGUGCUCGGCUCGGUGCGCGCUCGGUGCGGUCGAUCGAAUCGCGUUGCGACCCGAUACGUGCAACGGAGACUUGCACACGUGAAGAGUGCGCCGAUGCGUCGGUAGGCGCCUGACCACGAGAAAUACGUCAAUGACUCUCCGUUUCCACGACUGUUUGCAAAACUGAUCGCCGCUCCUCGAGGUACGUCAUCAUUGCUCGUUGAAGUGUUUUUCGAUGUGAAAAACAAUGCUUAAAACUGUCCUGAUAAAUAAAAACACGAAGCAGGUGUUGCACAAAAGGUCUACGCCGUUUGAAUGAUGAAACUACUUGCAGGCGUAGAAGAGGUUAGCGACCACUGUGAAAAAGAGACCAAUAAUGGCCAACUGCACAACAAUAAUAGUCAUGAAAAGCAAUCUACGACAGAAUUGGUGCAAGAAGCGAGCAAGUCGCUCGUCAACAAGGUAUACGACGAUUCGACCAAGAGGGAAGUUACACCAGAGGAGGAAGAAAAGCUAAGACGCUUGCUUCGGUUCGAGGAGGCACCUCAAUUUCUGAAGCAUAAUCCUUACAUACUGCGCGGCUAUCGAGGCUGCUUGACCACUAAACUAUGCCUCGAAAGCAUAUUUUGGUGGACAAACGAGACUGUGAAUAUAUGGAGCCACAUUUUUGGCUGGAUGCUCUUCUUCGGUUUGACUCUGUACGAUAUCUGUCUACUGAACAUUCACGCACCAUUUAGCGACAAACUGAUCGUGUCCUUGUUACUUAUUUGUUUUCAGAUAUGCAUGAUCUUGUCGUCCGUGUAUCAUACGUUCUCGUGUCGAAGCGAGAAGGACUACUGGUGUUUUCUGGCCUUUGACUUAUUCGGUAUUGCUCUGAGCAUGCUAUCGAUAUAUAUGUCUGGGGUCUACUAUGCCUUUUGGUGUCACAAGGAGCUGCAGCGGUUUUACCUCAUAACUGUGCUUGCGAUCUUCAUUUUCGCGAUGAUACUGCAAAUACCGAAGCUGAACAUUAACAGCAACAUUAAACUAGCCGUAUUCGUGAGCUGGGCGAUAUAUGGCGUACUGCCAACUCUGCAUUGGACCUUUGCGAUGGGUGGCUUGGAAAACCCAAUCGUUCAAAUGCUCAUUCCGAGGGUGAUAGGAAUGUAUCUUAUUAACGCGGUAGCAUUCACGUUCUAUGUGCUCAAGAUACCUGAACGUUUUUAUCCAGGUUGGGUAGACUAUGUCGGCUCGUCGCAUCAAUGGUGGCACGCAUUGGUUGUGCUAGCCCUCUAUUAUUGGCAUAACACCGGAAUGCUUUACGUGGAAUACAGAAUGAAUCACGGAUGUCCAAGUAGUAUGGCAUUGUGACAUAGAGAUCCCGACGGCCUAAAAUCCGUAAUCGCCAUGGAUUGCUCCUGCCUGAUGAAGUCGGAUUUAGGAUCGUCGCCAGUAGCGGAACCGCCGUUUUACAGUAUCUUGAAGACUACGUUUUGCGAGAUACAAAAUCCACUGCGCGCAUACGCGCAUCGAUAGUCGUAACACGUACACCUUUCGGAAAUAUACUGUUGCGACGUUCUGGAUGGAAAGAGACUCUCACUGUGGAUGUAUGAUCCACGAUGUUUUAUUUAUAUUUAUUCACGAUAUCACUAUUUAUACUUGUCUCGUGACAACUAGUUUUAUUCUAAACGUUUUUUUUCCUUUUCUUCUUUAAUUCUAGCAGGACUAAAAAUAAGACUAAGUAAUAUUAAAUCUUUUAACAUUACUAAAAAUGCAUUUUUUUAUUCUAUUCAGAUUAAGCAAUUUUUUAGAUUUAUAAAUAAAUUCAAUCAAUAAAUUUAUUUACAAAAUAAUAAACAAAUUAGUAAUGAUAACAUCGACGUUACAAAGGGUAGGUUUUUCAUAAAAAUAUUUUGUAAUCAUUUCCUGCUGGGAUUAAAAAUCCCUAUUUGUUUUUACAAAUAUGUUAGUAUUUUUUUUUUUUUUGGUAUUUCAAGGAGACAGGAAAUUUCAAACUGUUCGAUAUAGACUAGUUAGCAAAAUAUAGAUAUAACUGUUAUACGUAUAAUAUAUACGUAAUUAUACAUUUUAUAUCUAUUUUAUACGGGAGAUAUUCGAUAUUUUCUAUAAAAUCCAGCGUCUUGCGUAUUUUUAGCGAUAUAACAAGUAUCGGGACAUAGGUUUUUAUUUCUAGUGUCUUUUUUUCGACUUUUUUUAACGAUAUCAGAAAUAUCGGGUCAUGAGUUUUUAUUUUUGAUGCAAAAGUGAUCCUUUUCUUCCCGCGAAGAAGUGUUAAUAUCUAUGACGAUGUUAAAUGAACGACGAUUGAUCAAUCAAAGUGCGCUGCGACAUUGACGGUCGCUUUGCAAUGCGGCCAAAGUCGGGAUGUUGGGUAACUUUGCAAAUUCCCAUUACACUCGGCGCACACUUAUGCGCAUGUUUUGCAACUUGUGUGCAGAAAUAAGGCCUAUACAUAUACCAAACAAUAUUGAAUACAUAUUUUUACUUGACUGAUUCCAGUAUAUUGAGAAAAAAAAUUAUAGUAGUGCCAACUAUAAGGUGACAACUAUACAAGUUUUAUAAAUAGAAUUAUGAUAGAUAUAUAGUUAAAUAAAUUAUAGUUAUAGUUAUUGCAACUAAGUUAAUAGUUUAAUAGUUAAGAGAAUUAAUAAAAAAUAGUAGUAAUAACUAUAUAGAAAGAAUAACUAUAUUAACAAAUUAAUGAGUAAGGUCAAUGAGCUGGCAUUAUUUAACUUACAAUUAGUUGCAAUAACUAUAAAAUAGUUCAUUUAACUAUAUCUUAAUUCUAUUUGUAAAACUUGUAUUGUUGUCACUUUACAGUUGUCAAUACUAUAAUUUUUUCUUGUAAUAUAUAAAUGUCGCGUUUUAGAGCAGUCUUUACAAUACAUAAUACUGCAUAUAAAUAAUCUUUAGGUGAUAAUAGCUAUAAUAAUGUUGUGCUCUGAAUUGUUGAAUAAGAAAAAUAAAUAUUUUAUUUAUAAAUAAAA